AUGUCCGCAACCGAGUCCGAGUCGGACUAUUUUGACGAUGAUUUUGUCGUACCAGACUCCCCUCAUGGUAAGAUCACGUCACCGCGUCCGGUUAAGCGGCGUCGUGUGCAAUCGCCGACGCGUGGGAAGAACAAUCAUGAUGCCGCGUCAGGGACGGACUCAUUCUCCGAUAUAGAUGAGGAUUUCCCACGGAGGCGGGACUCAUCGGCAGAUGUCGACCAGCAAACACGAUCCAAGUCCCGGAGCUUUGUACCCAGACGGAGCAACUUUCAAGAGAACAUCUUUGUUACCCAACUCACCCAGCCCGACUCGAGCCCUGAACGAAUCCGCGGCCCCAGGUGGCAGAAACCAGUAACCAAGUCGCCUUCGCCAGUGACCAUGCCUCCCCAACAGGCCAGAGAUACCAACAGAUCGGUGGAACGGGCGGAUGCCAACUAUUAUGAUGAAGAGGAAGCACUCAGGGCGGCUUUGGCUGCCUCGCUGGAUGCCUUCGAGGAGGAGAAGACCAUGCGGCAAACAGUCAAUCCAACUUUACGACAACACCGAAACCCUCAGUCUAAUGGGGUAAGCGCCUCAGUGGACGCCUCGUUUGAGCUCGACGAUAUUCCCGAUGACGCGUUCGAUUCUUCCCCAUCGUUGUCACCAGUAUCACGACCAGCGCAACUCGCGGUCCCCCACUCAAGCUUUCAACGACCUCCAAACCGACCUCAAUAUAUGCGACAAAUGACGCUCUAUGGCAUGGCUGCACAAAAUCAAAACCAGACCCCGCAAGAAAGAGAUUGGGCACCGCCGGACAAAGACGAACGGCUGACCCAUCACAAGUUGAACCAGGAUUCAUUGAAUACAUGGUGGUAUCCCACCAAUGUAGGAACCGUCCGAGAUUAUCAAUUCAACAUUACCCAAAAAGGCCUUUUCCACAACUUACUCGUUGCAUUACCUACCGGUCUGGGAAAGACCUUCAUCGCAGCAACAGUCAUGCUCAACUGGUUCCGAUGGACGAAUGAUGCGCAGAUGGUCUUUGUGGCUCCUACCAAACCCUUGGUAUCGCAGCAAGUGUCGGCAUGCUUGGAUAUUGCUGGCAUCCCACGAUCGCAGACGACAAUGCUCACGGGAGGUGCUGCGCCGGGCCUUCGUGCAAAAGAGUGGCAAUCAAAACGCCUGUUCUUCAUGACUCCGCAGACCCUGAUCAAUGACUUGAAGACCGGAAUUGCAGACCCCAAGCGCAUUGUACUGUUGGUCGUCGACGAGGCCCACCGCGCUACUGGAGGUUAUGCUUACGUGGAAGUGGUCAAAUUUCUCCGACGUUUCAAUCAGAGUUUCCGUGUCCUAGCAUUGACAGCCACUCCCGGAUCUACAGUCGAAUCAGUACAAGCAGUAAUCGAUGGACUGGACAUCUCACGAGUCGAAAUUCGUACAGAAAAUUCCAUUGACAUCCGAGAAUACGUCCAUAGCCGUGAUGUCGAAAUUGAGAUAUUUGAGAACUCAGAUGAGAUGAUCUUUUGCAUGGAUCUGUUAUCCACCACACUGCGACCGCUCGUCAGCCAACUUCGAACUAUGAAUGCUUACUGGGGAAAUGACCCCAUGGGCCUAACGGCUUUCGGCCUCACCAAGGCGAGACAGCAGUGGAUGGGCUCUGAUGCAGGCCGUAACGCCAACUUUGGGCUGAAGGGCAAGGUCAAUGCCAUUUUUACCGUUCUGGCAAGUCUAGCACAUGCCAUCGACUUAUUGAAAUACCACGGAAUUGUUCCGUUCUAUCGCCACAUAUUGCAUUUCAAGUCCAACACCGAUGGCCAAAAGGGAGGAAAGUGGCAGAAGCAAGUUGUACAGGACGAGAGCUUCAAGAAGCUCCUCAGCCACCUUGAACCUUGGAGCAAGAACCCGGAGUUUAUCGGACAUCCCAAAUUGGAGUAUCUUAAAUCUGUGAUUUUGAAUCAUUUCAUGGAUGCAGGAGAGGGGAAGGAGAACGUGAACAGCAACGGCAGGCCUGCAACGAGAGUUAUGAUUUUUGUGCAUUUCCGCGACAGCGCUGAAGAGGUUACGCGAGUGCUGCAGCGCUAUGCUCCCAUGAUUCGACCGCAUGUCUUCGUGGGACAAAGUUCAGCCAAGGGCUCGGAAGGAAUGGACCAAAAGACCCAACUGUCGAUCAUCGAAAAGUUCAAAGGAGGGACCUAUAACACCAUCGUCGCCACGUCAAUUGGCGAAGAAGGCCUGGAUAUCGGCGAGGUCGAUCUCAUCGUGUGCUACGAUUCCUCCGCAUCACCCAUCCGCAUGCUGCAACGAAUGGGCCGAACUGGCCGCAAGAGAGCGGGUAGGAUCACCUUGCUGCUGAUGAAGGGCAAGGAGGAGGAUAAUUAUACCAAAGCCAAAGACAACUACGAGAAGAUGCAACAAAUGAUCGCCAGUGGGACUCGGUUCACCUUUCAUGAUGACCGGUCUGCUCGCAUUCUGCCUCCGGGGAUUCGUCCAGUCGCUGACAAGCGACACAUCGAAAUUCCACCGGAGAAUUCCCAGCAAGAGCUUCCCGAGCCAAAGCGCAAAGGGAAGGUGCCUAAGCGACCGCCAAAGAAAUUUCAUAUGCCUGAUGAUGUGGAGACGGGAUUCACACGAGCUUCGACGCUGGAGGAGAGCUUCGCCAAGUCGGUGAAAAAGAAAUCGACACCCAAGAAGCGCCCCCGCAUACCCACGCCUGAGCCAGUGGAUGUGCCGCUUUUGAAGGAUGUUAUGCUAUCUGAAAGUGAGCAGCGCGAGCUAGAGCAUCACUAUCAGAACAUCGGUGAUACUUCACCACAAUUCAUCCGCUACCCACGAACCGAUGCCUUUCCGCAAUUACAACUCGUUCCCAGACCGACUAAGAUGGUGUCACAUGGCUCUCUGACCUGCCGAAUGAUCACGACCUUGCAAAAGAUGGACAAAUCAGGUCCUGACUGUGAAAAUCGAUACAAACAGGUCAUAGCAAGAGAGACGGAGAAGGCCGCCAAAUCUCGUCGAUCGUCCUCUAAUGGUACGGCGAAGCAGUCACGCCGACCAAAAAUUGCCAAGACAUCCGAGAGUUUUGAGCUCUCCAGAUCUGCAGUUAGCGUGUCGGACGUUGAAUAUGAUGAGAUUUCUGCACUCAUGUCGCCUAAUAUCUCUGAAUCUGACCCCCCACCACAGCAACCGUCUUCGAAACCUGUCGAAAGUGACUUUGAUGACGAUUCUGACUUUGACCUUCCGGACGCAAGUGUCAUCUUUCAGCCGAAAUCAAAAGCCCAACCUCAGCCCCAAUCGCAGCCACGAAGGAUGAAGAGGACUAUCUUUUCUGACAGUGAGGAGUGA